AUGUCUGAUUCUCCUACCUCGUCUGCGGGGCAUCGUCCCCUGCGCGAUCGCCUUUUACCCUCGUGGAUCUUCUGCUACUUCGCGGGAGGCCGUGCUUCGUCAUCGGCGCCUGUCGCAAGCUCUGCGAUCGCCUCGUCGACCACGGCGGCUGGCGACGAAUUGGAUGGCCCUCAGCCUCAUCUUCGUUCGCCAGCGUCCACUGUCGCGACCUCUCCUUCUACCUCACCAUCGCCUGGCAAACGCCCUGGGCUGCGUGAGCGAGUAUCGAUCUCGCACCUAUACCGCCGUCUGUCGCGGGCGCUCUCUCCCUCAUCGCGCGGCUCUUCGCACAUCCCGUGCUUGCCCGAACCCGGACCUGCGUCGGACGCGCUUCAGGCGCCGCCAUCACCCGGGCCGUCCACGGAUGGUGCAAGCCCCAAUCCUCCUACUGGCUCGCUCAUUCCACCGCCCGCCUUGGAAGUUAUCGCAUCCUCAACUGACGUCUCGCACGCGCCUAUCAACACCUCGAGCGCAUCCGUCGACGUUCCCGAUGUGUCCACCGCCGACCCUUUGACCGAGAUGUGGAAUGAGGCAGUGGUGGAGUGGCAGCGGAAGACGGGCCUUGACCUGACAGCCCCCGACGCUGUGCCUCUCGACUCGAAGGAAGCCCUGGUGAUGUUUAUUGCGAAGAUGGAGGGUGAGGUACAAGGAUUGCUCUCGACCGGCCGAUGGAGCUGCAUCCGCGACAAGUUCAUCUCGUUCGCACGCAUCUUGGAGAAGCUCUGCAUCCCUAUAGGUGAAGGUCUUGGUUCGACGGCGACCAUUCGAGCUCACGAGGAGCUCUUGCGUAUCACCGAUGUGUUCGACGAGAUCAUGAUGCACCUGAAAGUCGUGGAAAUUGUCGCUGCACUCCCAGGGACGCUUCUGCACGACACAUCCGUCGAGUUGUUGAUCCAGAUCAUCGCCGUCCUCGGAGUUGUCAUAGAGGUAGUGCGGGAGAAAUUCGCAGAACGAAGAUUUUAUCUAUUCAAGGCCAAGUUGCCAGCUGGCUGCGGAAAGAGUACGCUCAUGAAUUUCUGCUGCACUUCCGUCGUCAUCGACACGAUCAAAGCCAAUACUGAUAUCUGUACUGCUGUCGACCACGAAUUCGGUGAGGGCGGGUUGUUGGCAGGCAACUCGGAUACCGACGCACUACGAAAGAGGCUAAUGCAGGGCGCAAACGGCAAGUGA